AUGAACGAAAUGAAAGAUGAAAACUUUAAGAGUGCUUCGAAGACAAAGUAUCCACAAUCAAUAAUGAUGGAUAUGUCGAGAUCAUAUAUGAAUAGACAAGAUAGGAUAAACGCACUAAAUUUAUAUAUUCAAAAAUCAUCGUAUAAUCCUCAAUUUAUUCAAGAUGAAGAGGAAGAAGAUGAUGAAACAGAAAGUGAAACACUUGGAGAUAUAUUAUUUAAGAUAUUUACAAUUAUAUUUCCUAACAUGUCACCGUGGAUAUGGUUUCUUAUGCAUUUUAUAAUGAAUUUGGUUAUAGUAUGUGUAAGUUUAAGUUCUUUAUCUGAACCUAAUAUAACUGAUCAAAUAUUAGACCCAAAAUAUAAUAGAGAUUUUAUAUUUGGUAGUAUAUAUUCUUGUUUUAUUAUAUUAUUUGUUAAUAUAGCAUCUUUUUCAAUAAUUAUGAUAAUUCAUGCUUUUAUUCAAAAAGUAAUUUUAGAAAAGUUAUUACAGCCUAGUGCAUUAUGUUCAGCUUUUUAUAAUACAGUUGAUCCAGAAAUCGUUUAUUUAUUUUGGUCAGCUGUUCAAAUAAUAUAUUGGCGUAGUAAUAUGAUAUUAAAAAAUGGACCAAACGAAAAUGGAAAUUAUUAUAUAUUACGAAUUUUUGGAUAUAAAGAUACUGAUAACCCUUUUAUGUUUUUAAGUACAAUACAUUGGUAUAUAACAUUUCCGUUAUUAUUAUAUAUAGUAUUUGCUGCCCGUUCAUUAUUUUUAUCUAUAAUAUCCUUUACAUUUGAACUCGGUUUUUUGAUGAAUGCUCAUGAUUUAUUAGAAAGAUAUUUAAGAAAAUAUGGUAUUUUGCGCCGAUUUAAUAUUGAAUGGUUUAUGUUUAUAGCUGACAAACAAGAAAAUAUUCGAUCUCUUUUUGGGCAUGAAUUAUAUCAAGAUGAAAAAGUAAUAAGGCAAUUAGAAACAAAUGAUAUAAGUAAACAAUUUAUUCAAGAUAAAGCAGAAUUAUUAUUAUUUAAAAAUUUACCUAGAAAUUGUACAUGCUGUAAAAUAUCACUAAAUAAAAAUAAACAUAAUGCUAUGAAAUUAUUAUUACCAUCUGUUUUUGAACCUAAAAAUAUUGUAAAAUCCGAAUUUUCAUCUAUUAAAAAUUGGCUAGCUUGUCAUUAUGUUGUUAAUACACAUCCUAUACUUUUCUUAUUAAAUAAUAGUAUAUCCCUAACGAAUAAAGAAUCAAUUAAAAAUGGAUCUGAUAUAUUAUUUCGGCAAAUUAUUAUGUCUUUAAAAAUGUAUUAUCAAGAAAAAAAUGACACAUAUGCAUUUACGGAAUCACCAAUGAACAUUGUAUCUUUUGAAGCCAUGCCAUCAAAUAGGAACAUUCAAAGUAUAAAACGAAAUAAGGAUCAUACUAGAGUGAAAUUACAAGGUUCAUUUCCUUAUCAAAAUAGAGACGCUUUAAAUAGUCACAAAGUUGAUUCUGAUAAUAGGACUCAAAAAAAAAUUAACUUGGAAAAUAUUUUUAAUGACAUUGAUCAAGAUGCACCGCUAGGAAAUACAUAUAAUAAGGACCAUUUCGAAAUAAGGGAAAAUGUAAGAAUCGAAAACAGGAGAACUGAUAAAAAUAUUAAAAGUAGUAAAUUGAGAGAUGAUGAAGAUAUAUAUGACAGAAAUGAAAAUGAUAGAAAAUCUGGGGGAAAAAAUAAAACAAGAGGAAAACAAAAAAGAAAUAAAAGUAUUAACAGAAAUAAAAAUUGUGAUAUUGAAAGGGGAAAUGAAAAAUCUAUAGAAAAAAGCAAUUUGAUUGAUGAUGAUGGGGUAAUAAUUCCAUCGCCAAUAUUAGAAAAAGAUUCAAGGGGAAAGAAAAAUAAAUUAAGGGAAAAUCCAACAAAAUAUGAACAUUUACAUAAAUAUUCAAAAGAUGAUGAAGAAACUGAAGUAAAUAAUAAAAAUAAUGUAAUUGGUACGUUAAAAACUUUUGGAAAAUUGGAAAAAUCUAAAGACAAAACAAUAGAUUCACGAGAAUCAGCUUAUUCAGAUAAAAUGCAACUUAAAGUAGAAGAAAAAGGAGAAAAAUCUAAAGAAAGCAUAACUGUUGAAGGAACAAAAUUUAAUAUUUGUAUUACUCCGUCUUUAUCAUAUAUACAAAAUAUGGACGGAAAUAAAAAAGGAGAUAUAUCUAACGAAGCAUCUGUAAAUGAAGAGUAUAAUAAUAGCAAUAGUGGAAAAAAUAUUUCAGGAGACGAAAGUAUAAAAAUAAGUGAUAAAUUUGGUGUAGAUGAAAUAACAAAAGAUGAAGAGGGUUAUUAUCCAAAUAUAGAAAAUUAUAAAAGCAUAACUGUUCAGAUAAAAGACUAUACCAUUGAUGAUGUUUUAAAAAAAAAAUGUGCAUCUGAUUCGUUGCACAAUUGUGAAAUAGGAAUAAAUGAAACGUAUGACGAUGGAAAAUAUUAUUCUCAAUCAAAAGACAAUUUUUUAAACAUUGAUACAUUGAAGAAUGAUAAAGAAAAUGAACGAAAUGAAUUGAUGUUUAAUAAAGACAAGAAAUUUGGUUCUUCCUUAUUUCUAAAGGAAAAUAAUAAUUCCCAAGAUAAAAACACAAUGGAAAAUAAUUUAUAUAAUUUGGAAAAAGAAAAUAAUAGUUCUGCGGUUGGGGGGGUGGGAGGUAUUAACAACACUAAUGUAAUGUCUCAGAAAAUGCCUAUUUUAAAAAAAAAUGUUAAUGGAAAUGAUUUGGUAAAAAGUAGUAGACAAUUAAGAAGCUCAAUAAAUAAAAAUACAUGCAUUUAUAACUCUCGUUUGUUAAAUGAUGAUUUGAAUAUAUUAGAAAGGAGUGAUAUAGGAAAUGCUAAAAGAUUAAAAGAGAAUAAAAAGACUCGUUUUUCAAGUUGUUUAUGUUUAAGAAAAAAUAAAAAAGAAAGAUUUAGCAAAAUAAAAAAGGAUAUAUCACUAGAAAUAGAUGAUCCAUUCGUUUCGAAUUUUAAAAGUCCUAUGCAAUUAAAUAUAAAUGGGAACGAAUUUAUAACAAAAGAAAUGAUUGAAGUAUUUUUAAAGCCCGAUGAAACGGAUGAAUUUAUGAAAGAGUUUGACUUAUCUGGUCAUGGAAAAAUUGAUAUAAUUAUGUUUAGAACUGCAAUAAAAAGAGCAAUAGCAUGUCGAAAAAAAUUUAUAAAAAGUUUAAAGGGAAAAGAAAGCAUAUUAAAAUUAGUUAGAAGAUUAAUGUCAAUAUUAAUGUCUUUUUUAGCAUCUGUUGUGUUGUUAUUUAUAUUUGGGGUUUCAGCUGAUACGAUCAUUGUUACGGGUGCAGCUUUUAUAACAGCCAUAACGGUUAUAUUAAGUUAUAUGUAUACAAGUUUUAUAACAUCAGUUAUAUUUAUAGCUUUUUCUAAUCCAUAUAAUAUAGGAGAUAGAAUAAGAUUAGAUGGGGGUGAAGCAAUGUAUAUUAAAAAAAUAAAAACAUAUACUACUGAAUUUGAAACAACAACAGGAAAAAUCGUUAUAUAUGAAAAUUCUAAAUUAAGUAAUGCAAAAAUAUACAAUGAAAGUAGAUCAAAAAAUGCAUAUAUAGAUAUAUCAUUUAAAGUAGAUAUUAAUACACCAUUAUUAGCAUUAAAAGAAUUAAGAAAAAGCUUACAAUUUUUAGUUGAUAGUAGACCUAGUGAUUUUUGUAAAACAAAAAAUUUAUAUUUUGGAUAUUCAUUGCAACCUGGUCAUUUUUAUGAAAUAAGUUUUUGGAUUAAAUGCGUAGAAGGAUGGGGGAAUUGGAGAAAAGUAUUUGAAUUAAGAACAGAUAUAUAUGAUUUUAUAAUACUACAAUUAAGAUUAUUAAGUAUAUCCUAUAGAUUACCAACACAAAAAGUUGGUUUUACUGCUCCUUUAAAUGUUAUAACUAAUAAUAACAAUAACAACAAUACUAAUAGUAAUAUAAACAAUUCUAGAAAUAAGCAAGGUAAUUAUUACAUUUCCCCCUCAAAAGAUUCAAAACAAGCAAUAUUUGCUUCAGAAGCUAAACAUAACCGAAUGUUUUACUCAUCUUCCUUUGGAAAGGACAAUGAUGAUGAUAAUAUAUAUGAUAAUAAUUUAUUUAGAGAAAAAGAAAAAUAUGAAAACAUGUACAAUAAUAAUGAUACGUUUUUUUAUAACAGUAAUAGAAAUGUAUAUCCUAUUUGUGAUGAUAAUAUGCCCAUAUAUAUGAACAGGCAAAAUAAAAAUAAUAGUAUAGCUUUGAAUGAAAACAACAACAUGGAUAUAUCUUCCAUGGACAAAAAUGAAAAUGGGUUGGUGAAUAGAAAAACAAUUCAAAAUUUUAGAAAAAUUAAUCAGGAUUUAAGAAAUGAAUAUUUUGGUAAUUCGAAUAGAUUUGUUAAAACUGCAAUGAAUAAUUUUCCUAAUAACUACUCGACAUAUUAUGGUAAUUUUAAUAUGUAUACAGAAAAAUAUAAAAACUCAAAUUUAACUGAUAAUAUGAAGAAAAUUUGCGGCACAAAUACUGAACUUAACAUGCAAACAAAUUGCAUAAAUUGUUCAUCUCAGGAAACAAAAUUAAAAAAUCCCCAAACUUAUUUUUUGGAAAAUACACUGAAUAAUAAUAAUAAAGAUUGUGAUAGAGUAACAGAAUUAGAUAACGUUAUAGAUGGUAGACAAAAUGGCGUGGCUAAAUUUGAACAUAAAUACCCGAAUUUAAAAAAUGCAGGAUGUUGUAAUAUUGAAGAAAAAAAUAAAAUUAAAUUUGAUAGACUAAAAGAGAAUGAAUGUACACAAAAACAAUUUACUACAUGUAAUAAGUUUGGUGGAAUUCCACAAGGAUGCUAUAUAAAUGAAUCCGAGAAAUUUAAUAAUGUUUAUAUAGACAAUAAUGGAAACAAUAGGGAUAAUAAUUAUUUUGAAGGAAUAUCUCAAAAGGGUCAAUAUGACGAAGAAUAUACAGAACAAAUAAAUUGUAAUGAGAAUAGUUAUUUGUCUUAUGAUAGCUCUUCUGGUUAUGACAGUUUUGAAUGUGUUAAACACUUUUCUAAUCUGCAUUACAGAAAUAUUGAAGAAAAAAAUGAUAAAAAAAUUAAAAAAUCCACGACAAAAUAUAGCCUUAAUAAAAAAAACAAAUAA